CUCAAAGACUUGGAUCUAGGAACAGAAUCACCACCCUUGCAAAGAAGUCUUGGGAUUAGUUGGGACCUGAAGACUGACAGUUUCACCUUCAGGGUCUCCAGAGAAGAGAAGCCAUUCACAAAAAGAGGUGUCCUAUCUACAGUCAACAGUCUUUACGACCCCCUGGGGUUCGUAGCACCCAUCAUCAUGCAAGGUAAAGCUCUUUUGAGACAGAUCACUACUGAGCAAGAACAAAGUGACUGGGACGUACCUCUACCUGAAGAGAAGAAAAUGCAGUGGAAGUUGUGGAAAGACUCAUUGUUAGAGCUUGAACAACUCAACAUCCCUAGACCAUACGUAUCUGUUUCCUUGUCUGCUACAAAGAGAAGAGAAAUAUGCAUAUUCUCUGACGCCUCCACUAUGGCUAUCGCAUAUGUCGCCUACCUUAGGGUAAUAGACACUGAGGGACAAAGUCAUGUCGGGUUCCUCAUGGGAAAAUCUAAGCUGGCUCCCAGACCGGCUCACACUGUCCCACGUCUAGAACUUUGUGCUGCUGUCUUAGCUGUAGAGAUGGCAGACAUGAUUACAACAGAACUGGACAUCGAGAUCCAUGCAAUGAACUUUUAUACAGACAGCAAGAUUGUGUUAGGAUAUAUUCACAAUGCUUCAAGAAGAUUUUAUACAUACGUGGCCAACAGAGUGACACGUAUCAGAAAGUCUACAAGUCCAGAACAGUGGCAUCACAUCAGCACAGACAAGAACCCAGCUGAUCAUGGGACAAGACUGGUGCCAGCCGCUGCGCUCAAGCAAACUAACUGGUUUGUAGGUCCAUCCUUUCUUCGUAAACCAGAAACCAAAGAAACUACUCAGGUAGAGACCUUUGAACUCAUAGAACCAGAUCAAGACAAAGAGGUAAGACCUCAAGUGACAGUUUGUAGGACUAUAGUUACAAGAGACAGUCUGGGCACUCAUAGAUUUGAAAGGUUUUCCAGCUGGAAGUCGCUGACCCGUGCAAUCGGAAAACUUAUCUGUCUAGCCAGAUCCUCCUGCAGAGCUACCAAUACUGAUCAGCGUAGCAACGACCACCUUGAACAAGCCAAGGUCACGAUCAUCAGAUGCGUCCAACAGGAAGUCUUUAAAGAAGAAAUCCAAGGCCUUCUGAAAAAGGAAGAGAUUUCUCAACACAAUUCACUCAAGGACUUGUACGCCAAGCAAUGGAAACAAGUUCAAAGUCUUGCGGACAUUUUCUGGAAGAGGUGGAGACAGGAAUACCUGGUGAUCUUCCAGCCAUGCAAGAAAUGGCAAGAUGACAAACCCAAUUUACAAGUUGGAGACGUUGUCUUACUGAAAGACUCUCAGGCCCACAGGAACGAGUGGCCUAUUGGACUCAUUGUGGGGACUGAUCCUAGUAGUGAUGCUAGAGUUAGAAAGGUUGAAGUUAGGAUUGUUAGACAGGGCAUUCCCAAAGUGUAUGCAAGGCCAAUUUCUGAAGUAGUUUUACUUCUGUCCAAGGGUUAGUGGCAUAACAAAAAAGUAUGCCAGGUGGGGAGUGUGCUGCCUUCGCAAUGUAUUUUACAUGCUUGGCACUCAGCAGGGUCUGUUCCUUUAAGACCCUCCAUUUUCUUGAAGCCUAGAGGCGGGCCUUCUCUCUAAAGCAUAGGGCUAGAUCCGGCAUGUCUCAUUCAUUCCAGCUCCAGCCACCACAGUGACCAGAUCCACAGGACUUCUUAAAGCUAAUACAGACUGCAAAUCUGAUAAAUACCAAAGCCUGUAUUAUGACUGUAAAGCAACCGUCCUGCGUAAAAUAAAAAAAAAACAAGGAAUUCAGGAAGUGGGAGCAGGAGUUCCGGAACCAUCUCCUGCCAGAGGGUCGGAGUGAGACAGGCCUU